AGUCCCAUAGGUGGGAGGCGCUCGUGCUGGUCUCCUCCGCCGGUUUGGGCUUCUUCGCAGUUGUUCUAGGGGGCGGGGCCUGAAGUUUGAAGGGCCUGGGGACCGUCGUCGGUCGCUGUGUCUCUGAAAAAGAGCUGGCGGAGGGAGGGCGGCUCUCGGUCUGCCCCGCGGUACUGGGGGGCGUUUGCCCCCCUCUCCCGCCUGCGACGGUUCCCGCCGCUGCUCACCGAGAACCGGGCAAACAAGGCACGCGCGCCCCUGGAUCAGCCUAAUCCUCUCGGGGGUGAUUCUGCUCUGGAGGAAGCCCUACGAGGCUUAAUGGGACAGAAUUCCUGGUAAAUUUGCAGAAGAGUAAAUGGAUUAGCAUGAUGUUUUCCAUGAACUAAAACAGUUCCAUGUCUUGUUUGGACUGUUCCUGUAUUCUACGGACACGAGUUGAAUCCAUUAGAGGAGAAAAGCAAUCGGAAAGCAUCAGUAGUCAAGACUUGACAGAUGAACUUGCUGUAUGUUGGGGCCAAUCAACUCAAAGAGGAGAUGAACAGAUACCAUUGUCCUCUGAUGUAUCACACUAUGAUCUCCAGGUGGAGAUAGGAAAGGGAUGCAACAACUUAACUUCAAUCUACCUCGCCCGUCAUAUCCCAACAGGAACACUGGUGGCUGUAAGAAUUACAGAUCUGGAAAGCUGUUCUGAAGAACUCUUAAAUGCUUUACAAAAUGAGGUGAUAUUAUCCCACUUUUUCCGACAUCCGAAUAUCUUGACUUUUUGGGCAGUGUUUACUGCUGGAAGAUGGCUUUGGGUUAUUUCUCCUUUUAUGGCUUACCAUUCAGCCAGUUGUCUCUUGAGGACUUACUUCCCUGAAGGCAUGAGUGAAGCUUUGAUAGGAAAUAUCCUCUUUGGUGCAGUUAAUGGAUUGAACUAUAUGCAUCAACAUGGUUAUAUUCACAGAAGUAUUAAAGCUAGCCACAUAUUGAUUUCAGGGGAUGGCCUAGUUUAUUUGUCGGGCUUAAAUCACCUCUAUAGUUUAGUCAGCAGUGGACAACAGUUAAAAGCUGUGUAUGAUUUCCCCCAGUUCAGUACAUCUAUGCUUCCUUGGCUGAGUCCUGAACUACUAAGGCAGGAUAUGCAUGGAUAUAAUGUGAAAUCUGACAUCUAUAGUGUGGGCAUUACAGCUUGUGAACUAGCUAAUGGGCAUGUGCCUUUUCAGGAUAUGCCUCGCACACAGAUGCUGCUGCAAAAACUUAAAGGUCCAUCUUACUGUCCUUGGGCUAUAAACACUUUUUCAUGUGGAGAAUCUAGGAUAAAAAAUUCUCAGUCGGGAAUUGAUUCUGGAAUUGGGGAAAGCAUGACACGCACGAUGACAAGUGAGAGACUACAGACUCCAUCUAAAACUUUCUCUCCUGCUUUCCAUAAUUUGAUAGAAUUGUGUUUGCAUCAGGACCCAGAACAAAGGCCAUCAGCAAGAGGCCUUCUGUCACAUGCUUUUUUCAAGCAGGUGAAAGAAGAAACAAAGGGUUCAUUACUUUCACUUUUGCCUCCUGCCAUCCAACAUAGUCAGUCACAAAUACCAACGGUGCAUUCAGCUGCUAUCUGGAAUAAAUCUGAAUGUAGGUUGCCAAAUGAGAAAAAGAAAUAUUGGGAAUUUUAGGAAUACUAGACCAUACAGGUGGUCCUCAAUUUACAACCAUUCAUUCAAUGACCAAAGUUUCAACAGAACUGAAAAAAGUGACUUAUAACUGGUCCUCACACUUGCAACAGUUGCAACAACCUCACGGUCAUGUGAUUGCCAUUUGUGACCUUCCUAAUGAGCUGCUGACAAGCAAAGUCAGUGGGGGAAGCCAGAUAACCAUGGUUGUUCAAAAGGUCAUUAAUUUGGGCAUUUUACUUAAUAACUGCCUUGCUUAGCAAUGGAAAUUCUGGUCCUAAUUGUGGUUGUAAGUCAAGGACUCUUUUACUUCUUUGGAAAAUAAUAUGAUUUACUUGAUGCUUUUGUUUAAAGUUUUUGUUUUAGUAUACUUGAAAAUGCUAAAGGCUUAUACAGAUGAUGCUAUACAGAGAAUUUUUUUUUCAAAGUGGUGGUAUGAGAAUUUAUUUACCUUUACUAAUUGAACUGCAGAAAGAUUUGUACAGUUCUAUACAUCUUUAUUACAUCUGAACUGUAAUAGUAUCCAUUUAUAUAGUAAAACUUUGAUUGGAAUGGCAUAUGCUGUUACAGUACUUACGUUCUAUGAUUACCUUUCCAAUAUUAAUCUGAAAUAUUGUUUCCAUUCUUUAUUUAAUACAUUCUUAAUCAUCUCUUUAGCAUCAAGUUUAUAUCAAAUAUAUCACUUCUUUAAAAUAUAGUGUCUUUUCCUACUUGCAAAAAGUAUCAAUGUGGAAAUCUCUGAGAGCGCUGGAUAUCUACUACUUCAGUGGUUGUUGAAGUAGCCAACACUGUAACUUGAAAAAAAAUAGCUGUUUUUAAUAGAACAUGUGUCUUUGAGAAAUCAAGGAAAAAAUAAUUUGCCAAAUAAAAACUUGAAAUUACUUGACUAUAUACUUAAGAAUAUUGCUUAAUUUUCAUAGCUUUGUGAUCUGCUGUUCAGGAAAUAUAUUCAUCCCUUGAAUAAGUAGCCAAAAUUUGAACCAAAAUUUGUAGGACUAAUAUAAAAGAAAUCUGUAUUAUUUAGGCAAAGUGACUAUUAGCCCACUAUGGCAAACUAUAUUGUGGAAGGCUUUGAGCUGUGUUCAGUGGUGUAAUUCUACUGAAAUACAAGCAUCUGUCAAUGGACUGUGAUUCAUAGUCCAUUUUCUUUCCACUUCUUAGCUCCAGGGUCAGUGAAAGAACAAGAGGUCUGGUUAAUAUUACUCAUAGGCUCAGGCAUUUGAGGGGGGAAAAAGGUGACUUUUAAGUCAUUUUGUCUUUGUAGUUUUGGUUUUCUUGAAAAAGUUCAGUCCUAAUUACAAACAGAAAACAUAAAGGAACAGGAAAAAAGGCUGCUUUCUGUGAAUAGUACUGUGAAUAAUUGAAUAAAGUAAACCUAAAUUCUUGUUACCUGUACAGCAUACUUUUGGAGAUGGUUUAAUAUUUUAUUAAUGAUUUUUCAAUAAUGUACAUUGUAUUUACUCAUGUAAAAAUAGAAAUUAGUUUUAAGUACCGUAUAUACUCGAAUAUAAGCCGAUCCGAGUAUAAGCCGAGGUCCCCAAUUUUACCCCAAAAACUGGGGUAAACUGGGGACUCGAGUAUAAGCCGAGGGUGGGAAAUGAGGCACCUACCGGUUGGGGAAACCCUCCCUCCCUCAGCUGAGAAGGCUGGCGGCUCCCCCGCCCCGCCCUCUCACUGCACCGGCAGGGCUUCCGUCCGGUAAAAUGUGAAAAAAAGAAAGAAAAAAAACUCGAGUAUAAGCCGUAUAUACUCGAGUAUAAGCCGAGGGGCUUUUAAAAAAAAACAAAACUCGAGUAUAAGCCGUAUAGACCCGAGUAUAAGCCGAGGGGAAGUUUUUCAGCACAAAAAACGUGCUGAAAAACUCGGCUUAUACUCGAGUAUAUACGGUAUACAAUAUUAUUUAGUAUCACAAGUGACCUUUUAACUAGGAAACUACUGAAGGAAAAUGAUGUAUUGUCAACCUAAUUCUGACAAAUUUAAUUGUAAUAAAAUAUUAUUUAACAAAGAUCAUUUGAUUAGUGGCACCUUAUUUCAUGUUCAUCAAUAAGAGAAUAUAUUAUGUUAGCAUUGUAAUUUAGAAGUCCUCUUGUUUUAGACAGAUUGUCAAAUAAGCAUGAUUAGAAUAAUACCCUAGAACUAUUUUGAGACCAGUAACUAAUUUUGUCUAUAGCAAGAUGGUACAAACAAGUUAAUCUAGAGAAAACUGCAGGAGGUUUUAAAGCAAAUAAGACAUAAAGAAGCUGGUGAAAAAAUUACCAGUGUUUUUUGCUCUGUCAAGAAAUGUCUUAUCUUUGUGAGGAAUAAACCAUGAUGAUUUGUACUUAUAAAGCUACUCUGAAUCUUUGAACUUUAUGCUAAAUCAUGUAUUUGUAUGGGUGGUCCUUGAUUUAUGACCAGUCACGCCAAGCUGCUUACAAUCUGAUUUUGAAGUUAUGAUGGCACAACUCACACAUACCCAUACGCCCUCAGACUCGUGAUAGCAUUUUGGGUGUUUAGCAGUUGGCUCACCUUUACUAUCGUUUGCAUGCUGUCACAUGACUAGGAUUUUUGGUGAUUUUUGCCAAUUUUCAGUGUUUAUUUCAAAUUCCAGCAAAAAAGCCCAUUAAGGAAAAUAGAUUGGCUUAAAAAUUGUUGCUUGCUUAACAGUUGUAGCAUUUGCUUAACAAUUGCCAAAGAAAAUGCUGAAAAAUCAAGUUCAAUGCUUCAAUUUACAACUGCAAUUUUGAUCCCUUGCAGAUAUAGUUUCUCUUCUUGUGACAUUUAGUUUUCAUAACUAUUGACUUAUAGGUCAGUUUAAUUCUUUUAUAGUAGCUUAAAGUCUUUUUAUGGCAUAAACUUUUAUGGAUUAAAUUUCAUUUCAUUUGAUAUUUAAAGAAUAUGCAUACAAUUUAAUCAAGAUGAGGGAAGAGAAAAUAGAGUCAGAGAGAAAUUACAUGCAAUAAAGAAACUCUGCCAAUUAUAUAGAACCACACAGGAAAAGUCAUUUCAAUGAACAUUAUCAACAGAUAGUUAAUUUGUAACUGAAUCUAAGUAGUCAUUCAAACAUUCAGCACACUUGCUUUGAGUCUAUAGAUUAACCUUCAAAAACUUUGGUGAGCUUCCCCCACCCUUCUAUUCAGGCAUAGCAAUAGCAAUAGCACUUAGACUUAUAUAUCGCUUUUUGAUGCUAUAUAGCUCUAAGCAGUUUACAAUGUCAGUAUAUUGCCCCCAACAAUUUGGGUCCUCAUUUUACCAACCUUGGAAGGCUGAGUCAACCUCCAGCUUCGUCGGGAUUAAACUCCUGGCAGUGGGCUGAGUUAGCUUGCAACAGUAUACAUUCUAACCACUGCGCCACCAAAGCAUGCUCCUGCUGAACACAGCUGUCAACCCUU